AUGUACCUGCCAAAUCUUCGACAAUUGCCUGUGUGGCUACUCACCUUGAGUAUUGGCACAUACGCAUAUCAGAACGACACCAUCUCGUCAAACUGCCAAGAUGCUUGCCGGCAGCUGCAAGGCAAAUUCGGUGCGGCAUCUGUACACUAUUACGCACAAGACAAUUUCACCAUCUGGGAUGGUAAGCAACAGGAAGUCCAGUACGCCUGUCGCUUCCAGCCUGCCAACACAGCUGAGGUUGCUUCUGGUCUUCGUAUUCUCACCGACACCUGGUGCAAUUUUGCCGUAAAGUGUGGUGGCCAUUCCCGCCACGCUGACUUCUCGAACUCGGUAGGAGGAGUGACAAUCGACCUGAGAAGGAUGAACAGCGUUCAGCUGGCAGCUGACCAAACACGUGCACGCGUCGGUGGUGGAGCUGUCACAGCGGAAAUCUUCGCUGCUCUGGAACCUCGCAAUGUGUCCUUUGUUGGUGGGCGUGUAGGUAGCGUUGGUUUAGGUGGCUUCGCUACUGGAGGAGGCACUUCACCACUUACGCCUCGAUGGGGAUGGGCGUUAGACAACGUCUUUGAGUAUGAACUUGUCUUGCCGAACGCUACGAUAGUGGUUGUAAACGAUCAACAAAAUCCCGACCUCUACUGGGCUCUCCGCGGCGCCGGUGGCGGAAACUUUGGCAUCGUCACUUCAUUCGAAGUGCGGACAUUUCCACAAGGACCGAUAUAUGCGGCAGCCCGGACCUGGAACGCAACCUACGUAGAGAAGGCUGUGGAUGAAAUCUAUAAUCUGUACACGGCCCACGACGCCAACGCGGACAUAUCCAUGGAAUACUUCUACGGCUAUGUCCAAAGUACCGAUUCAUACGUGCUGACUUCCACUCUGCGGCACUUUGACCCAGUUACCAGACCUCGCGUCUUUGAUGCUAUCAAUAGUGUUCCCGCUGUUACGGCAUCUGAUCAAAACGUCACCUUGGGUACUCUCGCAGGACCUGGCACUAUACCUGCUAGUCCUCCUCCUUCAAGACAUUUGUUCCAGGCUACAUCCAAUCAUCCAUCUCGUGAGUGGGUACAGGAAUCACUUCGGAUAUUCCGAGAGCAAACAGAACCCUUCAAGACCAUUGAAGGACUGAACCCGAGACUCAUCACCUACCCGAUCUCAUCAGCUGCUAUUCGUGCCAUGUCCGAUCGAGGAGGAAAUGCUCUUGGGCUAAACGACAUCAAAGGGCCAUUAUUUAUGACUCUUUUGAGCACUGCUUAUACUUCGCCAGCGGAUGAUGCACGCGUUGGUGAGUUUUACGACAAAGUAUUCGAGGGAUUGGAAAACGCUGCCAAACGCCUGGACGUAUACCACCCUUACAAGUACAUCGGGUACGGCCGACUGGGUGAGGACAUCUUUGCAAGAUACGGGGCGGACAAUCACGCAAAGUUGGUUCAGAUUCAAAAGAGUGUCGACUCUCAGGGUGUCUUUACUGCUGGCGGUCUAUGCCACGGUGGAUUCAAAGUUCGCUGA